CCAGAAACGAUGAUUGGGCACUCGAGUCAAAGCACUCAACCUUGAACCCCAAGCUACGCCUUGGACAUUUCGCCAUGGCCACUGCUGAUUUUUGCCCUCUGCAUUUCGUGAGUGGAGGCUUUACUCCAUCCUACCUUUACCAUCUUUACCCUCGAAACAGAAGUGGUGGCUCAUUCAGUGACUCUCUUGAACACUUUCUGUGAUCUCAAAAGUUGGAAUUGCCUGUCUUACCUUUACCAGCCCUUUAGAUAUUCGGCACUAGCAUCUGGCAACGCACACGCAGGCCAAGAAAGUCGCCAAUUGCACUGCGACUUCUAGUGUUGCAUUGAGAAUGGUGGGAUUCUCCCUGCCUCGGGCCUUGCCACUGGAGCGUCCAGAAUGGCUGGAUGCCCUGCUUAGCCUAGAGUUCUUUGUGCCCUGCAAGAGGCACUUGAUUGCCAAGAAGAACGAGCGCAAUAUCUUUUGCAUAGACUGCCAUGACGCAAUCUGCCAGCACUGUCUUGGGAGUCAUGGAGGCCACAAGCUAGUGCAGGUCCGCAGGUAUGUCUACCAUGACGUUGUCAGACUUAACGACAUCUCAAAGCUAGUGGACUGCUCUGGUGUUCAGACCUACAUCAUCAACGGCGCACGCGUUGUCUUCCUCAACCAGCGACCGCAGCCCAAACCUUCCAAAGCUCUCGGCAACGUGUGCGGCCACUGCGACCGCGCCCUUCAGGAGCCGCACCAGUACUGCUGCGUCGCUUGCAAGGUGGACUCGUCUCUGGACGCGGGCCAGGACGUGGCUGCGAUGCUACCCAAGUUCAUGCACACCACGUUCGAGCUCAGCCCCGAGUCGUCCCCCAUGAAGCACCUCAAGGCUGUUGCCCGCGUCACUGCCCGGCGCACUUUCCGGCGGAUCACCAUCCCCACUUCCGAGAGCAGCUUCCAGUCCCAAUCCAGCGAGAUAGACUCCCCCCGCGAAGUCGAGUCUGACACGUCAUCCACUUCGCUCCCCAACAUCUUCGAACUCUCCCCCCGGCUGACUUUGAAGCGUUCCCGAGGCUCCACCGACUCACUCGACUCGAUGCUCCGGUCCGUUUCCCGGAGGAAGAUGACCGUGCCCCACCGGGCGCCGCUGUGGUAGGGGGUACAAAGUAGGGCGAAUUUGUUGGGGGGGUGUGGGGGUGCGUUUGGUCGCGGUACAUUUGUCUCCGCCAUGCGGUAUUUGUAGUCUAUGAGUCCAAUCGGUAAUUGAGGUGAUAUAGGUAUUGAAUGCGGGGAAGGGAGGAGGGAUUAAGGUGCGAGGGUUAAGGUUGUGGGGGGCAGAUUCAAGUGACCGGACGGACGAAGGUACUGCCUAAGGAUCGUACUGUGUAGGACUCCGCUCGGAAGGAUGGUUAAACAUUAGGCCCGCUGCAUCAAGAGUUGUAGGACUGGCCGGGGUAAUUUACGGCCACUAUAAAUUAGAUGCGGGAAUUAAGGACAAACGGCACCAGCUAAUUUUCGCAUUGGAGCUGGUGCCAUUCUUCGGAUCAUGGCACGGAACAUUCAUCCACAGGCGCAGGUAGCGUAUGAUACGGGUUGAGAUCGCAAUUGCGCUCUAGAUCGCAUUGCAACCGCUCUAGCUCUAGAGUCAACGAAGAAAUCCAGCGAUAUAAGGCUUAAAUUUCAAGGUUGGCAGUGCAGAUCAUGCACAGGAGCUGUUGGAAGGUGACAAUUGGAGUCUUGGUAGGUCUGUACUAUGUACUAAUGUUAGCGGUAGGCAUUGGUUCAUUGAUUAGGGCAAUGAAUCAGCAGUUGUUAGUCGUGUCUCGCGUCAAAACAACAAUUGUGUGGAACAGAUGGAAGUUACAUCUUUGAGGAGCUUGCGGCUGAUAUUGGCAAAAUCGAGGUGAUCCGAGU